AUGACCUCUGAAAAAUUCUCAGAAGUCCCUCUGGUGAAGUGCCAGAUUAGAAGUAUAGACAAAAAAUACGCUGUUCCUUGCGGAGGAGGGAACCGACGGCGCUGGGACACAACGGGCUGGAGUCCCGCAGGCGCACCCCGCCGUCCCCACAUCCCGCCCAGACCUCGGCGGAACUCAAAGGCCUCGGCCAGGCCCCGACCCGCCAUUUCACGGCCGAGCAGGUGCCCAGCUCCCCAGAAGCGGCCGCGCUGCGACGAGCCUUCCUUCUCCCCCGCCCGGCGGCAGAUGCAGCCCUCCCUUCGCUUCGCCUCGCCGCGCCGCUCACGCAGGCCCCGCCGGCCGCAUGGCCGCUCACCUCAGUCCCUCACCGCGGCCGCCAGGGUACCUCGCCCCGCCGCUGCUCGCGUGCCGCCAUCUUUACUGAGGGCCAACGAGCGCCGCUGCCGCCGGAAGCAGUCGGGCAGCAGCAGCCAUGUUGGACAGGGGCAAGCUCCGCGGAGCCCGCAGAAGAACAGCCGUCAUCUUGGCCAGCAGUGCUCUGACGUCAGAGCCCAAGGAGACCCUAGCGGCGCCAUGUUUAGUGCGGGCGCAGCCCCUCCCGGAGGCGGGACAGGGCGGCUCGCUGGGCGCGCCGGGGUUUGGCCGUCGCUGCGGGGUCUGAGUGCCGGAGGGGGAGGAGAGCCUGCCGCUUCCGUGAUCUCCCCUCCAGCUCUCAGGAGAGAGCGGAGUGUGGCUGCCCCCGGCGUCCCACAUCGCCGUGAGGUCAGCCCCGGAGGGAUCGCGUUCCCCUGGGCACGGAGGUUUCGUCUUCUUCAGUCAUAAACGGUGGAAUUUUUAAAAAAAUCUGCCUUGUUGGCUUCAGAAUUCUCAAGGACUUUAUGUGAGGCGUGCCCUUAAGCUAUUCUCUACAGGAUCUAGGUAUUACAAUGAUAAAUCUUUUUAAUAUGAAAGGCGCCAGCACGAGUGAAGUGUUGCAUUGUUCACUUGGACUAGAGAAAACAGUGACAUCCCGUUAACGUAAAUACAACAGAAUAAAUAAACACAACAUAAGCACAACGGUGUUUGCGCAUGCUGCACUUGGCUUAUGAGCAUAAGUACAAAGUCAGUUAAUCUUCUUACAAUACACAAAACUUGAAUUCAAGUUAUGUGUUUCUCCAGAGCCUGCUGCAGUAAAUGCCCUGUGUGCUGAGAGCUCUGUGGGCCCUGAGAGGCAGAACAUCAGGGAAGCCGAUUCCACUUUCACCCCACAGCCACUGCCAGGUGUCCCACUGGUGACAUUCCUUACAACAGGGCUAGGGAUACUGCCAUGGACAACCAACUGCAGAGCCUAUCUGCACACUGCAAGUACUGAGAGAUGAACAAUGGUGAUGGUGUGCUGCACUCUCAUUUCCCUCCUCCCUGCUGCUUUGCAAAAGCCUGUCCUUCUGCCUGUGACCCUUCUUGGAUGCUCACUGAAGGUUUCAUGCUCAGGGAAGGCAGCCCAGUACCAACAGGAAAAUAGAGAAUACCAGUUCUAUUGAGUGGCUGGAACCUACAGUAACAUUUCAAGACUCC